AUGAUUCAUCUUGUAUUGAUCAGCUUCGUCAAGAUCUGCGUACAUGUCGUCAAGCACCGUCAGGGUAGCAAAAGUCACCGAGCCAUGAACUUCACGCGCGGUGAUCCUAAGACGUUGAGAUUAGAACUGUCCACUUUCAAGAACCUUCUUCAGGCCCAGUGCAACGUUGAGGGUCCCUUAACCUUCUCAAAGAUUGCCACCAUAGAGGAAAAGACAAAAACAAUUCAAGACGCGGUUGAAGAGACGCGGAAAGAUCUUCAUUCUCUGAGUAGCGACGCGACCCGGCUCAAAGCGCUUGCCACGAUUCGCGACACUUUUGGAGUCCCAACGACGAUGGCUCUCGACGCCACAGCCACCCAGGCGUUCACCGACAUUACUAACAAGUGCGCAGACAAGAGUAGAACGUGA